AUGAACAUCAAUGUUCCAAAAAUCGUGAACGCCGCACUUGGAGAUGAUGCGAAGAAUCGCAAUGUUCGAGUCAUCUCCGACAACAUGAACAGGGGCAUUCAAAAUGACCCUGGCUUUCUCUCCAAAGACUUCCCGAGAGCGUCCCCUAAACUCUACUUCACUGCAGAGAGCGAUGAUUUUGACGAAAUCACACUUGCGGAAUGGAGAGACGAAGGCUUCGAUGUUGGAUAUGUUCCUAUGGGAAAUGAUAUGGACGACUACAGACGCCGCCUUGAGACUCUCAGCAGGAAACGUCUGGGGCCUUGCGAAACAUUUGGAAUCGUUGCUUAUGGAGACGCGGCGGCAUUCUGUUUGGAGCAUUACCACAUCAUGGACAACAACCCAGAGUUUAAACUUGGUCUUCUAGUUGCGUACUAUCCAACAUCAAUCCCCGAUCCGAAAGGUCGCUUUCCUUCAAGCAUUCAUGCCCUCGUUCAUUUGACGGGGGAUGACAUUGGCGUAAUUCAUCAGAGUCAGAUGGUCGGCAUCCAGGGCAAGAGGCGACUGAUUAGAAGGAAGCUAGACCGAGGCUUGGGCACAGGUCGCACACUUCAACUUGCCUAUCCCAGCUACAAGUAUAACGCUGAUCCAGGGUUCGCCGAGCAUGAUCUUGAAGAGUACGAACGGAUUAGCGCUGAGUUGGCCUGGUCUCGGAGUCUAGCAGCCGCGCGAGACGCUUUUAAAAUGUAUGUGAACUUAGAGUUGGUUCUCGAACAAAAUGUCCAAGGCAAAUUCUUCACCCGCAAUCUCCGGGACACAUUGUCUACUUAUACAACCCAUAAAGAACCUCAUGUAACUCACAUACCGACUUUGACCGGUGGUAUUGGAAUCAAUGAGCUGGAAAAGUUUUAUGCCCAAUUCUUCAUUGCUAAUUACCCCCCAUCAAUGCUCUUAACUCUGUUGUCCCGAACUAUCGGCACGGACCGUGUUGUCGACGAGAUUCACGUUCGGUUCAAGCACACUCAUGAAAUGCCUUGGAUUCUCCCAGGAGUUCCAGCCACCAAUAAGAAGGUUGAGAUCAUAGUGGUUAGCAUUGUCACUUUGAGAGGAGGCAAGCUCUACCAUGAACACCUAUAUUGGGAUCAGGCCAGCGUUUUGUUCCAGGCUGGCCUUUUAGACCCCAAGCUUAUGCCAGAAUCAGCCCAAAAGCUUGGUGUCGAGAAGUUGCCGGUUGUAGGGAGAGCGGCAGCGAGAAGGCUGCUAAAUGGCCUGGACGCCGAUGAUGAGGGUGAGGCUGAUAAUGCCUUGAUUCCUGAUUGGGACGGAGAUAUUAGCAGCGGGCAAAGCGGGGAUAAGGACCAGGGGACACAGAAUGUUAACGCAGAGUAA